AUGGAGGCGGAUCCUCUUCCCGUGGAGCUUCUGUCUCAGCCAAUGGCGGAAGCAGCCGCUGCUCAGUUGGUAGAGGAAGUAGUGGUCACAAAGGGAAGUGACGUGGAAGGUAUGGUACUGUCAUCCGACCACAAGGUGUCAGUGUUGGACACGGCAUUGCCGGCGAACAAGGAAGCAGAAAGUGCUGGGUCAGAGAUUGAUAUGGAGACUAAAGCUGAAAAACCUCCAGAGGUAGACUGGAGCAAGGAGAAGGCCCAGGCUAAAAAAGGUGACUCGAUUCUGGGUAGCGAGGCUCAGAAUGAAGGCUGUCCACUGGAGCUUGAUUUGACUGAUCCGUCUACCGCAGCCAAGGAGCAAGAUCUUCAUAUGACCCUAGAACUACAAGAGCAUGAGACGGUGUUGGGUCACCAAGUGCUCCAAUCACUUGUUGGCAAAGUACCCGAAGAAGAAGAAGAAGAAGAUGGAGGUUUACAGAUACUCAACAAAACUGUGGAUGACACCGUGGUGCCUGCAGCCUCUGAAUUUACGGGUUCCCAGGAGCUCCAAACUACUCUAGAGGAACGCCAAGACGAAGAAGAAUCUGCUUUCCACAUCCUGAACUCUGUAGAAGACGAUGAAGACCGGAGAUAUUCUCUACCCAGAGAGAUGGAAGGGUUCCACAUCUUGGACUCUGUAGAAGACACUGAAGACCGAAGAUAUUCUCUACCCAGAGAGAUGGAAGGGUUCCACAUCCUGGACUCUGUAGAAGACGAUGAAGACCGAAGAGAUUCUCUACCCAGAGAGAUGGAAGGGUUCCACAUCUUGGACUCUGUCGAUGAUCAGGUGGCUAUGACAGAAACUCUGGAAAACCAUACUACUGAAUCUAAGGGAACGUCAAAAUCCCAGAAAGAGAGUCACAAAAAGGGUAAGGGUAAUAUGACACUUCAAAAGAAGGAUGGUAAGAAGAUACCACAAACCCCUGAGAAGGUACAGACACCCACAGUGGAGUCAGAGAGGGGUGAGGGAGGUACCCACAAAAAGACUAACCUCGUCACCUUGGAUGAGGUGAGUGAGGAAGAGGAGAGUUACCCUGACGACGCUGCCGAAGAGGAAGAGCUGAUGAAGAAACAGAAACUGGCGAAGGAGAAACGGCGAGAGAGGGAAUGGGAGAAGGAGAGAGGGAAGGAGAGGAGGAGUACAGAGCGGGAGAGGAGCAAAGAGAAGGAGCAGGAAUGGAAGAGGGGGAAGGGGAGGUUCAGUGCGGAUACGGAAUGGUUGGUGACUCUGGAUGAGAUUGGAGGAGAUGGGGAUGAGAGAGGAGAGGAGGGUGCGAGGGAUCAGGAGAGCGGAAUAAAUGAGGCAGACCUUCAAGAAUUGGUCACUCUGGAUGAGAUCGUUGGCGAGGAAGGAGGGGAGGGUCCUAGCCCGGUGCCACACCCAUUCAGCCAGGAGGACGAAUCAGGAGACUCCUUCAACACAGAGACUAUGGUGACCCUGGAUGAGGCUGGAGGUGAUCAUGACAUGGAGGAAGAACAGCCCAAGAACUUUCCAGAACCAGUCCAGACCCGGCACACUGACAACACAGAAGACAGUAAACAGAGACGGGACGAAGAGGAGCCUGAAUCAAAGCGUUGUCGUUCAGAGUCUCCUCUGAUCACAGACUUCAAACUGCCUCCCUUCACCCAUGACAGCCCUAUAGGCCAGGACUUUGGGGUUCGUAAGGCAGGUUUCUUCUGUAAGCUGUGUUCUCUGUUCUACGGAAGUGAAGACACAACCAAGAAGACCCACUGCAGCAGUCUACAACACUAUCAGAACAUGCAGAAACAUUACCUGAAGCAUCAGAAGCAACAAGCUGGAGGUUCUAGCCAAGGCUCUGCCUCCAAGUGACCCCUGACCUCACCCCUGGGUGUGUCCAAAAUGUGACCAUUUCCCCUAUGACCCCCGUUAGUACUCUGGUUGAAAGUAGUGCACUAUGUAGAGAAAAGGGUGCCAUUUGGGACACUUUUCCACCAGAGAACUGAAUGUGUUCUGGUCCAAAGUAGUCCACUAACUCUGUCCCAUAUCAAUAAAUCUAUUUAUUUUGGUUUUGUGCAUCUGAAACGACAGCCCAUUGCGUUAUAUAGGGCACUACUAUAUAGGGUAAUAGAGUGACAUUUGAUAUUUUCAGAGUAAGAGUACUGGUCUAGGAUCAGGUCUCUCCCAUGUUCAUAUUGUCUUAUUCAUUAUGAUUUAAAAGGUACAACUGAUCCUACAUCAGCCAUCCCUGACAGAGAUUUUACUUUCAUUUUAUUUGUCUGUUUGCUUUUUCUUUGGGGGGGGGGAUUUGAAUAUCAUUAAACUGUUUUAAUUUAUCCAGAGAAACUCAGUCAUCAGAGACCAGACACAAUGUAUGUGUAAGGAGAAAGUAAUACAUUCAUUUUUAUUACGAACA